AUGAAGGUAUUAACAUUUCCAGUUGUUUUAAUAAGCUUGAAGCCUCUUCUACUAAUGCUUAACUUGGUAAGCAUACAGGCGAAAGUUUACUCAGCUAAGGAAGCUCUGCUGUUAUUUAAUCGAGACUAUAAAUUUAACUUAAAUAUUUUCCUAAAACUUAAUUCAAAGGAAUAUGAAGAGGAAUAUCUGGAAAUGCUGCAAAUUACUGAAACGCCCAUGAUGGCAAUAAACGAUUUGAAAGCUGAUAUCAAGGCAAUUCGUGAAUUUACAAAUGGUUACUCUCUAACAGUGGUUUAUUUAUUCAACAGUAACUUUAAAGAAACAUUUGAAUUAAUGGAUAAAUUAUUAUGGAAACUACAUUUGUCACAUAUAUUGAUAAUAUGGAAUUCUAAGGCAGACAACAUAAGUUCUUUGGAAGCAAUUUUUCAACAGUGCUGGCGAAAAGGUUUCAUUAAUGUAAUGCUGUGGCAUAAAUUGCAGUUAUUCACCUACAAUCCUUUUCCUCACAUUAAAACUUUAGAACUACAAAAUUUCUCCAUGUUUGCUGAUAGAUCAUAUUUGAGAAAUUUCCAUCAUUAUGAGUGGAUUUUACCUUUCACUGAAUUUUCUCCUCGAGUUUUCAGCUACACUGAUGGUUGGGGCAAAUUAAUGCGCAGCGGUUCAUUCUAUAAAAUCGUUGAAUUAUUUGUACUUCAUCAUAAUGGCACAUUGAAUAUUUAUGACGUUGAUAUGUGGGCAGUUAAUAUGACCGAAAUGGAAGGUAUGAAGAUACUAAUGAAAAAUGGUUUCCAUUUCAUAGCCAAUAUCAUGUUUGGAGAUGUUUUUUAUACCGCCAGUGAUACCUUGUGGAUAAUUUAUCGUAAUUUAAUCGUUCCCACUGCCCAGGGGAUACAUAAUAGUCUAUAUUUAACCAAAUCCUUUAAUACAGAAGUAUGGCUUAUUGUGGUUUUUAUAGCUUUAGUUAUAUUUUGUUUAAUUUACUAUAGCAAUAACAGGCAGAGUAACUUACGUCAACAGAGUUCUUUAUUAAAGACUUUGGCUAUUGUUAUUGGUUUAUCUGACAGUGAUUAUCGUUAUGGCAGCAAAUUAUUUAAUAUGUUACUGCUAAUCUUAAGCCUGCUAGCAGCUGUGCUGCUGGUCAGCUUUCACAACUGCAAUUUAUCCAGUUUAUUAAUAACAAAACUAUAUGAAUCUGAACUGACAACUCUGGAGGAUGUUAGCAAAACUAAUCUCUUUAUUUAUGAAUAUACCGUGGAUGAACAGUAUUACAAAAACACCGAUCUGCCAGCCAUUAUAUAUCGACGUCUGAUGUCGGACAAUAACACUUAUAUGUUCUACAAUCGCAAGAAUUUAAAUGUUCAUUUGAAUAUAUUUGCCGCUUUUGACGAUGUUUGCAACUACUACUUGCUGCAGCAGAGAUAUUUAAAGAAACCGCGAGCCAAGAUAUUGGAAGAAGGUUUAUAUGCUCAUACUUUUCAAAUUACCGUGGUCCAUCGUUUGCCGAUUUUAGAUCAUUUCAAUCGCUACUUGCUGUAUAUCAAGGAGAGUGGUAUAGUGAAUAAAUUGAUAUUGGAUAGUCAUUGGGAUGGCAUUGUUAGUGGUGACAUACAGUUUUUCAGGGAUGAAGAAAUAAGUCCCGCUCUCACCUUGCAACAUUUUCAGUUUGGUUUUAUUAUAUGGCUAAUUGGUUUGAUGAUGGGAUUUGUGUGUUUUGUGUUGGAACGUUUGAGAAAAUAA